UGGAGAAUACUUACUUCUCUCUGGGGGGACGGUACAUUUGCAUUUUCGAUUCGGCACUGCAAAGAAUGGAGGAGGUGGCUCGCAGCGGGCAGUCGGCCCCACACAAUGACAAAGAGAGAGUGAGAAGCGGGAAGACUUAACUAGAAACUGUAGAUUGUCCGUCCCAAGGCCGGUGAAUUUAUGGCCAGGUGCCAAUUGGGGUGGGGGCAUUUGAGAAAUGUCCGUGCUGGCCACACUAAUUAGUUUGCCCAGGACCCCGAGGCCAUUGCAUAAUUUAGGUAGCGAAUUCCUUGGCUUUGGCCAGACCAACAACGCCCACACAUCGGUGGAAAAGAGUUGGAUCUUUCCUGGAAGGUGAGGCCGCUUAGGGCCAUGCUAAUACCUCCACCCUUCCUGGAAGCCGGAAUCCGACCAAGCCACUCCAUCUCCACUGCCACAUCCACAUCCACAUCCCAGAGAUCAUAACCCGAGGGAUCGGUGAUCCACAUUUGCAUAAUUGCAGACCAAAGUCGGCGCUGACUUCCCCGCUGAAAAAUAAUAAUUCCCUUUCGAGUGAUUCAAUUUUCCUGAAAUGGAGCGAAAGCAGAGGAAGUUGGCCAGCCACCGACGCUUAGACCAGGAGCUGUCCUUCCACCAAAGACUCCUGGGCGGUGUGCAAAAGAGUUUCGGAUCCCCGUUGGCCUAUGAAGCUGAUUCGCCUUUGGCAAAGGACAAUAGAUUGUCAGACUUGGAGACCUUCAUAAAUGUCCUGAAGUGCGGUUUUGGUACUGGUUGCUUGGCCAUGCCAAGGGCUUUUCUGUAUUCGGGUUGGCUAAUUGGUCUCAUAAGCACAUUCGCCCUGAGCUCCUUUGUGCUUUACGCGAUGCAUACUCUGCUCCAGCAUAUAAAUGCGUUGGGAAAUCAAUAUCAAAUUCCAAUGCUUAGUUAUCGAAAAACAGUGGAACUGGCUAUCAGCAAUGGUCAUCCGAAGAUUCGUUUUCUGAGCAAGACCGUUGGAUACUUAGUGGAUGUUCUCAUGUGUGCUUAUCACUUUGGCGUAGACUGUGUCUACGUGGUCUUCAUAGCAAAAAGCCUGAAGUUUUUGGGCGAUAUACACUUCUGGCCCUUAGAUGAGAGGCUCUACAUGGCUUUUAUUGCCUUGCCAUUGAUCUUAACGUUUUUAAUACGCGAUCUAAAAAGUCUUGUGCCAUUUGCCUUAACAUCCAAUAUCCUCCUGUUUCUAGGCUUUUUCCUUAUAUUAAGCUUCCUGCUCCGGGGCCUUCCCAAGUUUGAACAACUUCAUGCCAUUCAGCCAAUAGGAAACUUUCCACUGUUUUUUGGCACUGUACUUUUUGCCAUCGAAUCGGUUGGAGUGAUCUUAGCCCUUGGCCGCAAUAUGCGAACGCCGGAGAAUUUUCUGGGACCCUGUGGGGUUCUUAAUCAAGCUAUGAUCGUGGUGAUUACCUUUUAUGCGAUCUUUGGUUUUUUUGGAUACUGGCGGUAUGGUCAAGAUACGGCCAGCUCAAUUCUGGGGAAUCUGCCUGAAAAGGAAUUUCUCCCCCAGUUGGUAACUGCAAUGUUUGCCGUUGCAAUUUUCUUCAGCUAUGCCCUUCAGGGUUACGUAACUGUGGAUAUUAUCUGGCGGAAUUAUUUGGAGCCAGAGUUGGAAGACGGUUCUACCACGGCGGUAGAGUUCUUGGUGCGAAUCGCCUUGGUAAUCGCCUCGGUCCUGGUGGCCAUUCAGUACCCGGACUUUGGACUGCUGCUCUCCUUUGUGGGAUCCUUUUGUUUGGCACAACUGGGUCUAAUCCUGCCGGGAGUCGUCGAUCUCUGCGUUCGCUAUGAGGAGGGCUACGGACCUGGAAGAAUCCUCUUCUUCCGAUCAAUGCUGUUCAUCAUAAUGGGUCUUGCCGGUGGAAUGACCGGCACAGUGGUUACCCUGCGCACCCUCCAUGCUCGUUAUCCAGUCAUUAGGAGAUUUUAGUUCCAAAUCUAAUCUUUUAAAUGUAAUUUC